AUGGGAUAUGCGUUUGGAACCAUAAUAUUGAUUUGCCUACUUAAUGAAUCAAUAAAAGCAUUCGAUACAGUUCAAAAAAAUAUCACAGAGCAAAAUAUCACAGAGCUCUACAAGAAAGAAUUAUCAGAUGUGAAUGAAAGAGACAAAAAUCUGAAAGCCAUGUUUAGUAACAUUCAAGAAAGUAAAUAUCAUAACGAUGAAUUUCAACCAAACGCAAACAGCACAAUAAUAAGUAGAGUAUGGCAACUAUUCAAUCAUUGUUUUCUAACUUUUGAUAAUUUGGCUAAAAUUAUUCAAAAUGAUCGCGCAUUAAAAUAA